CUGGUCCAAGUAGGAUGUCCUAUACGGAACUACUUGCACCAUAACUGAGCAAUUGAUUCAAAGCGCUGUGACACUUGUCGUCAUCCGCAAGAAUCGUCAACCAGGAAAUUUGGCAAAAUGGCUGACCUGAUAAACAGCGAUGUGUUCCUGGCCUUCUCCACAUAUACUACUAUUGUCAUUCUCAAAAUGAUGCUCAUGGCUCCUCUGACUGGAUACUUCAGGAUGACCAGAAAGGCCUUUCAAAACUUUGAGGACACUGCGAUGAUCAAAAAAGAUCCAGAGGAGAGAAAGAAGAUGCUCCAGACCAAUCCUGAUGUAGAACGUGUCCGAAGAUGCCAUCAGAAUGAUCUGGAGAACAUCAUUCCCUUUGUGGUGAUCGGUCUCCUGUAUGCACUGACGGGGCCGGAUCUCUCCACGGCUCUGUUGCACUUCCGAGUGUUUGUAGGUUCACGUUUCAUCCACACGGUGUCUUACGUGAUGUCUCUGCCCCAGCCUAGCAGAGCUCUGUCCUGGAUGGUGGGAAUGAUCACAACUUUCUCAAUGGCCUACAGGGUUCUCACAACAGCACUCCAUCUCUAAAGACGCCGGUGCUCUGCAGAACGGGAGAGCCUUGUUUUAUAUCUUUUAUUGUCCCUGCUUUAUUUUCUGAUUCACUGUAUGCAAUUCAUAAUAAAAACUGUCAACAAUU